UGUAUGACCAAACGCAUAAGUUCAUGGUUUAAAAUCGGAGGUUUGGUAAUGGGAAAGAUGAAAGGUUAACUUGGUGUGUGAAUAGUGUUUGAACGACAAACAGUUUUGCUUUUCUUUGUAUUGUAAAUGGAAAAAUGAGUAGUAUGAAAGAAAAUUCUGUCGCUCCUGCGAAAAAUGCAACUACAGGAAACGCGAAACCGUAUGGAAAAAUUGUAUUAACAUUACAAAAUUGUCUUCUACCCGAUGAGAAGCUUAACUCGACGCCGUCACAUUUAGAUGGAUUGGAUGCAGAGACCGAAACUGACUUACGAAUACUAGGAUGCGAGCUAAUACAAAUAGCCGGUAUCCUACUGAAAUUACCGCAGGUUGCAAUGGCUACAGGACAAGUAAUAUUUCAACGAUUUUAUUACAGUAAAUCGUUAGUCAGACAUAAUAUGGAAACAACUGCAAUGGGUUGUAUUUGUUUGGCUAGUAAAAUUGAAGAAGCACCUAGGCGUAUCAGGGAUGUCAUUAAUGUUUUUAAUCACAUAAAGCAAGUUUCCAGUCAAAAACCGAUACAACCAGUGAUAUUAGAUCAGAAUUACGUGGCAUUGAAGAAUCAAGUAAUUAAAUCAGAAAGAAGGGUUUUAAAGGAACUAGGUUUUUGUGUUCAUGUGAAGCAUCCUCAUAAAAUCAUUGUUAUGUAUUUACAAGUAUUAGGUUAUGAGAAAAAUAAGGCUCUAAUGCAACAAUGUUGGAAUUAUAUGAAUGAUUCGUUGAGGUCUGAUGUAUUUUUAAGACAUCAACCGGAAACAGUAGCUUGUGCGUGUGUCUACUUGGGGGCCAGGCAACUUCAACUUCCAUUACCUACAUCACCUGCUUGGUUUUCCCUUUUUAAAGUAAACGAGUCUGCCAUUAGAGAUGUAUGUCGUCGUAUAUUACGACUUUAUUAUCGACCUCGCGUUAAACCAGAACAGUUAGAAAAACGUGUUGAAGAGCUUCGUCGUCAAUACGAAGAAGCUAGAACCAAAGCCAGGGGAGGGGAUGUCGAUAGUCACACACCAAGUCCACCGCUGCCAAAACAUCAUAAUGCCUGGGGUGGUUUCAUUAGCCGCAGUGGUACACACGCAGCGCCCGAAAGAACAAAAUCUCCUAGACGUUCGAAGUCUCCAAGUACUUCGCCAUCAAGGGGUGAAGGAACAAAGCAUUCCAAAAGAAAGAAACAUAGCCGAAGCAGAUCCCGCAGUCAUAGUCAUGGACGAUCUCGUAAACCAAAAAAAGCGCAACGCAGGCGAUCCGGUAGCCACAAAUCCUCACGUAGCCGAUAUAGAUCUCGCAGUCGAUCACGAGAUAGAGAUACCGAAAAAUCAAGUAAACAUCGCAGUAAACAUAGACGACAUUGAACCAUUCGAUGUAUAAAAAAAUGUUUCAGAUCACAACAAAGGCACUGCGAUCCCAUUAGCAGUUGUAUCCACUUUGUAAUAUAAUAUGAGGCCUUUUUUACCUCCGUUAAUUAACAGAGAACUUAAAUAGGGUCAUUAAUUUCCAUUGUAUGGUACAUAUCUUGAGUUAAUUUAAAAAUGAUAAUUAUAGGAAUUAAAACAAAUCAUUUGUAAGAGUGUCCACUCAAAGUACCUUGUAAAGAAAGAAAGAAAAAACCGGUACCACUCUCAGAGAAAUAUUACAAAUAACAAUACUUAAAAGGGCGUGUAUUUAAUACAAAUGCAAUUUGAAAAUAAAGUUUUAUAUUCAUGUAGUACCGUAUAUCACUUUAUAAAAUCCAGCUGGUGGUGCUCUCUUCUUCUCAGCAGAAAGUAUAGCCGAAAAGUCGAGUGCUGACAAUUGCGGUAGGAUAUGAACAAU